AUGGUCUACUACUUUGUCUCCAACGUUGUCUCUCCUGCUGCGACCAUCUACGUCGGCAAGGACAAGUUCGAAAAUGAGGAGCUUAUAAAACACGGCCUGGAAUCAGACGUUUGUGCGCACGUAUAUCUACGACUAAGGGAAGGAGAAACAUGGGAGAACAUACCCAAGGAAGUCCUGGAGGAUUGCGCGCAACUGACCAAGGCCAAUUCCAUCGAGGGAAACAAAAAAGAUAACAUCACAGUCAUCUACACCCCCUGGGCAAACCUCAUGAAGAACGCCUCUAUGGCCACGGGCCAAGUCUCAUUCCACAACCCCAAACAAGUGAAAAAAGUAUUCGUCGCCGUACGCCAAAACCCGAUCGUCAACCGACUCAACAAGACCCGCGUCGAGAAGUUUCCAGACCUACAAGCUGAGAAGGAAGAAAUUCUAAAGAAGCAGCGCAAGGAAGAGCGAAGGGCCAGAGAAGAUAAGAAGCUGGCGGAGAAGAAGGAGAGGCAGGAGAGGGAUCAGUUGAAAUGGCAAAAGGAGCAUGCUUAUGAUGACUUGUUUAGUGAGGAGAAUCUAAUGCAGAGUAACAAUCAGGAUCGGGGGGAGGAUUUCUUUGAUGAUUUUAUGUGA